CUUGCACACUGUUUGCAGAGAGGUGGUAUAAGCAGUCAGCGACCGGUAGCAGAUGAGGGGACAGCCCAGCGUCUUCAGCUUGACUUUGCAGCCAGCCGCUCUCUUCAGUAUUAUGGGGAAAAGUUGGCAACCAAGAGAAGACAUCUUUCUCCUCCUUCUACUGUGUCUCCUUCCUGGGAACAUAGCAGCUGUUCCUACCCCCAAACCGCAAUAUGUAGUGUUGGUGCCCGAAACAAUCCAGAUGGGGACCUCUGAGACGUUCUGUGUCCAGAUGAGCCAUCUGACGGAAGCAAUGACCUUGGCUGUCUCUCUGGAAUACGGGACCCGAAACUGGAAUCUGAAGCAAGAAAUGGUGACUGAGAAAGAUGUCUUUCAAUGUGCUCCUUUCCAGAUUCCCAGGGGGAACAACAUUUUAUCCCCACCGGAAGCCAUUCUCACUGUGAUAGCAAGAGGGUUGACCCAGGCUUUCUGGAGCCGGAAAAAUGUGCAGGUUAAGAAACCAGAGAAUCUGCUCUUUGUCCAAACCGACAAACUAAUCUACAGAGCAGAACAGCAAGUUCAGUUUCGCAUCGUCUGUAUGGAUGAAGGUUUCAAUCCUGUGAAGGAGAAGAUUCCAGUUGUUUACAUCCAGGACUCCAAAAACAACCGGGUGUUCCAAUGGAGAGAUGUGGAGAUUCCAAUGGGCAUAACCCAGCUUUCCUAUCCUCUGUCUUCCGAUCCCCCCUUGGGCACCUACCAAGUGGUGGUAGAGAAAGACUCCAAGAAGGUCGCUGAAUACAGCUUCGAUGUGGACGAAUAUGUUUUGCCUAAAUUUGAGGUUUUGGUAAAGGCCCCCAAGCUCAUCUCAGUUCUAGCUAAGAAAAUAGAAGUCAGCGUGUGUGGCAGGUACACCUAUGAGAAACCUGUGCCCGGCCUGGUGAAGAUGAGUCUUUGCCGGCAUCACUACCAACUUGAUUUCCAGUGUUACAGUAAUACAACUCUGUGUAAAGAAUUUGACGGUGAGGCAGAUGGGAACGGCUGCUUCUCCAAGGUGGUGGACAUGGAGGAGUUCCACCUGAUGUGGCUUGGCUACCUGAUGAGCAUAGUUGUAGAAGGCAAGAUCACAGAGGAAGGCACAGGGGUGGAGUUCAGCGGCACGGAAUCCAUUGAGAUCACAUCCACGAUCAGCAAGAUUACCUUUGAAAAUGCAGACCAUUACUAUAAAGCUGGGAUUCCCUAUGUUGUGAAGGUGAAGCUGGUAGACAGCACCAACUUGCCGAUCAGCAACGAAACGGUGAAGUUGUUGGAAACAUCAAGGAAUCUGCAGCUGAGCCAAGUGACGGAUGCCCAGGGGCUGGCCCAAUUUUCCAUAGACACCACCAAUUUCAAAUAUGUUUUUUUGAAUCUUCAGGCUACAUCUAAAGCCAGUCCUUGGUGUGGUCCUCACUGGGCUACACCCAGUCACAGUUCGGCAUUCCACAUAGUAUCCCCGAUGUACUCUCCAAGCCAAAGUUAUCUACAUAUCGAGCCUGGGUCGGAGAAGUUAAGUUGUGGCCACCGUGAGCCGGUUCAGGUGCAAUACAUCCUUAACCGAGGUGACACGCAGGAGGACGAGAUUGUCUUCUAUUAUGUGGUGAUGGCUAAGGGGAACAUCAUACGAGCAGGGAAACAUGUGGAGCGGGUGGAACAGGGAAAAGAAGCCAAAGGGGCCUUCCUUUUGAAUCUCUUGGUGGAUGCCGAUACCGCUCCCCUGACCCGCUUGCUCCUCUACACCAUUUUGCCCAGCGGAGAACUUGUUGCUCAUUCAAGAGACUUCACCGUAGAAAAAUGCUUCUCCAACAAGGUGAGACUGUGGUUCUCUGAACAAGAAGGCCUGCCUGGCGAGAAAACCCAACUCCAUCUUGCAGCCUCCCCCCGUUCACUUUGCGCCAUCCACGCCGUGGACCAGAGCGUCUUUCUCCUGAAACCCGAAGCUGAGCUCUCCCCUGAUACAAUUUACAAUCUCCUUCCCAAGAAAGAUCUCCUUUCUUUCUCCUUUGAUGACCUUUUUUUGGAUGAAGCAAAUUUUCAUCCCUGCACAGAAGAAGAAACAUUCAGACCUGACAUGGUUGGCUUCCAACCAGUGCCUUAUUUUUCUGAACAGGGUGAUUCUUACAAAAUAUUCAAGGACGUUGGCUUGAAAAUUUUUACAAACGCCAAGCUACGCAAGCGUGUCACCUGCUCCAGAGGGCCCAACCUCUAUCCCGAGAUGGUUCCACGGAUAAUUCCAGCGGUAGCGUCUAGAAUUUCCCCACCAUCUGGAGUGUUACCGGGUGCUGCAGGUCUGCCAUUCGCUUCCCCAGGAAUUGGCCCUGUGGGAGUCUCUGGAGCUUUGCCAUUGCCUGCCCCUGGAGUUAGUUUCGGUACUAUUCUCGGUGGGUUUCCUCCCAUUCCCCAGGUUGGGGUCGUCCACAAAAAGGCACCUCGGCGCAUCUUCCCCGAAACGUGGAUCUGGAGCCUGGUUAUCGUAAAUGGUUCUGAAGAAAAUAGGAGUUCCCACCUCCAUCAGUCCAGUAGAAACAGUGAUGUAUCUGAAGAAUCCAAACAGAUGGCUGUUCCCGUGACCAUCCCAGACACCAUCACCAAAUGGAAAGCUGGAGCUUUCUGUCUUUCGGCAGACAGGGGCUUUGGCCUGGCCCAGCCCACUUCUCUGAAUGUCUUCCAGCCGUUCUUCAUUGAACUCACCUUGCCGUACUCUGUGGUGCGAGGAGAAGCCUUCCCACUCAAAGCCACCAUCUUUUCUUACCUCACACGCUGCCUCCGGGUCACAAUAUCUCUGGCUCCUUCUCCUGACUUUGGGGCAUCCCCUAUGCAGAAGGAGGAGGACUCCUACUGUAUCUGUGCAAAUGGAAGGAAAACAGUGUCAUGGAUGGUAACCCCUAAAUUUCUAGGGAAGAUGAACCUCACAGCAAGUGCAGAGGCCUUGAGCUCAGAUCAGCUCUGUGGGAAUGAAGUGGUGGAGGUGCUCACCAUAGGAAACAAAGAUGUCGUGAUCAAGUCACUAUUAGUUGAGCCUGAAGGGAUUGAGAAAGAAGUGGUCUUCAACUCUCUUUUCUGUGCACAUGGAAAAUCUGAGUCCAAAUCUUUUCCCCUGGAGUUACCAGGGAAUGUUGUAGAAGACUCAGCCAGAGCCUCCUUUUGUGUGCUGGGAGACAUUUUAGGAGGAGUGAUAAAGAACCUCCAUCAGCUUCUCAAGAUGCCCUAUGGCUGUGGAGAGCAGAACAUGGCCCUCCUUGCCCCCAAUAUCUACAUCCUGAACUAUCUCAAUAAGACUGGACAACUGACCGAGGAGAUCAAAUCCAAGGCCAUCGGAUACUUAGUGGCUGGCUAUCAGAGGCAACUGAACUACAAGCAUUCUGAUGGUUCCUACAGCACCUUUGGAGAAGGUUCACGGGAAGGAAACACCUGGCUGACGGCUUUCGUGCUGAAGACUCUAGCUCAGGCGAGACCCCAUAUCUUCGUGGAUAGCAAGCACAUCACCGAUGCUCAGAAGUCCCUGGCUGCAAGGCAGAGAGAGAAUGGAUGCUUUGAGAGCACGGGAUCUCUUUUGAACAAUGCCCUCAAGGGAGGAGUUGAUGACCAGAUCACUCUUUCGGCUUACAUCACCAUUGCUUUGCUGGAAGUACCACUGCCUGUCACACUCUACUUGGUGCAAAGUGGUUUGUCCUGCCUGGAGACGGCGGCUCAGGCAAGAGAGAUCCAUGUUUACACUCGGGCUCUGAUGGCAUAUGCCUUUGCUCUGGCAGGGAAAAAGGAGAAGAGGCAAGAAAUGUUGGACUCCCUUCAAAAAAUAGCUGUGAAGGAAGAGGAUGGCUCCAUCCACUGGGAGAGGCCUGGGAAGCAAGAGGAGAGGUCUGAUUUUCCAUUCUUCUACCACCGCGCUCCCUCUGCUGAGAUAGAGAUGACCUCCUACGUGCUCCUCGCUUACCUGACCAAAAAACCGGCACCGUCCCAGGAAGAACUAACGAUAGCAAUUGCCAUUGUCAGAUGGUUGGUCAAGCAACAGAAUCCCAACGGAGGAUUCUCUUCUACGCAGGACACAGUGGUGGCCCUCCAGGCGCUCUCCCAGUUCAGGAUAGCCACCUAUUCCAAAGAUGGAGUUGACGCCAGAGUGACCUUGAGUUCUGGAGAUGCCACCCUGACGGAAUUCCAUGUAGACAGCACCAACUCUCUGCUGCUCCAGUGCCAGGAUCUUCCCCAAGUGCCAGGACACUACAGGGCUGAGGUGACUGGUUGCAUCUUUAUUCAGACCACCUUGAAAUACAAUGUGCCUUCACUGCAAGAAGACGCACCAUUUAGGCUGCAAGUGCAGACAGUUCCUGAGACGUGCAUCGGCCCCAAAGCCCACGUUACUUUUGACAUUGCUAUGAAUGUCAGUUACACUGGCCGACGCCUGGUCUCCAACAUGGCGAUUGUCGAGAUUAAGAUGCUGUCUGGAUACAUCCCAGUGAAACCCAGUGUAAAAAAGCUGGAAAAGCAAAAUCAGAUCAAGAGGACUGAAGUGAACAUCAAUUAUGUCCUGCUAUACUUGGAGGAGGUAAACAGCACAACGCAGACUUACUCCUUCACCGUGGAGCAGGAGACACCCAUCCGGGGCCUGAAGCCUGCCUUGGUGAAAGUCUACGAUUACUACGAAACUGAUGAAUUUGCUACGGCUGAGUACAUCACCCCCUGCGGUACAGAUCAAUAUCAAGGAAAUAUAUAAAGCAUAAGGAUCAGCCAGAAAUAGCUUUCGCGUGCUUGGAAAGAGUAACAAAGCCAGCUGCCUGGAAGCUAAGGAGGAGCAUGACUUUCAGGAACAAGGCAGCCCCCUUCUUUUUCUUCUCAAAUCUGUGCACCUGUUAAUUCUUUCCCAAAAGAGACUCAAGUCUGUUUCCACCAGUCCUGAAGUGCUGGAAGACUUUGCCUUUUUAAUUUUUUUUUUCCUGGGGUGGGGAGCAGAGAGAUUCUUUCUUAACUAAAAAUAAAAAAUGUCAUUUUCUGUUCAA